ACAGUACAUACACUAUCACAUAUAUAUAUAAACAGAAUUCAGUGAUAUAAUAAUGAAUUCUUUUUUCAAAAAUAAAUUGACUAUGUAUAAAAAAAAUUGUUCAAAAUAAUAUUUUUAACAAUAUAUUUCAAGUUCAAUAAUGAAAUAAUUAAUCACUAGUUAAAUAGAAAAAAUGACCGAUUAUUUAAUCAAAAUAUUUAUUAUUUACAUAAAAAAAAUUUAUUAAUAUUAAAAAAAAAUUUAAACGAAUAUGAUAAAUAAAACAAUACUUUUUUAAAAUAUUAUAUAUUAGUAUUAAAAACUUUAAUAUCAAAGUAUUGUUUUUAAAUAAGUAAUUCAUUUGAACAGCUAUAAAACAGUAAGAUAUUACGAAGUACACGAAAUCAGCUGUGAAUUGUCAAAUUUUCCUAUUGUAAUAAAUUUUUCAAUAUUUAUAACUUGUCUAGUAUAAAAAUAUCAAGAAAUAAAACGUGAUGCACAAUGUCUCCUGAUCCUACACAAGAACCUAUUGAAGAAACAUUAAAUACACCGAAUUUAUCUCUUGAUACUAGAGGAAUAAAUACAUCAGAUAGUGAAGAUGAUGAUAUAGCAAUGGCAGGAUAUGUACCACUAUCUCAGAUUCCUGCAGAUAGUGAUCCAAUGUUGUAUGAGGACGAAGAUGAUGAAUGGAUAACUAAUGUAGGUGAAUCUAGUCAAGUACUGAGAGCUCCAUUAUUAGAGUCAGAGCAUGAUAAUAUAUCAGAAACAAUAGAAAUUUGGUCAUCUCCCCAUCGAUCAAAUAUUGAUAUGGAUGCAGAUAAAAUUAAUCAAGUAAAAUCUAUGAUGGCAUCUUUUACUUUACCAAUUACUGCAAUUCCAGAAUGGGCAAAAGCUAUAUCAGAAGAUCAAUGGAAAGAACAACUUAUUGGACGUAUUAAAGAAAUGCAAAAUGGAGAAAAAUAAAUUUAAGUAUUUUAAUUAAUUUUUUAUAUAAAAUUGUGUAUAUAGUUUGAUAUAAAUUAAAUAUUUAAUUUUUUUUUGAAUUAUAAAGUUGAUAAAUGUAAAAUUUCAAAGUAAUCAUGUGGUGACAUUUAAUCAUAUUUAGUCAUAUACAGUAGACAAAUUUGAUAUUAUGUAAAGUAUAAUAAAUAAAAUUAUUUAUUUUAUCUUAA